AUGACUUAUAAUUAUAUAAAUGAAGAUCAAAUUGAUGUUGAACUGAGAUGUACAAUAUGUGAUGAACCAUUUCAAUCACCUAUGAAUUGUAUAAAAUGUGGAAAUACUUAUUGUCAAACAUGUGUAUUACAAUGGAUGCAACAACAAAUAUCAUGUCCAUCAUGUCGACAAAUAGGAAAUCAUUUUCAACCUGUUAUUAGUCGAGUUGUACUUAAUCAAUUAGAUCGUUUAUUAGUUCAAUGUACCUUAUGUCAACAAUCAAAUAUUCAACGAUCAAAUUAUAAUGAUCAUAGAUCUUGUUCAUGUCCAAAGCAAAUUGUUAAUUGUAUUAAUAAGUGUGGAUGGAAAGGAUUUCGAGAAAAUUCUCAACAACAUUUAAUAGAAUGUCGACAAAAUGAAGUAUUUCAUAUACUUAUUUUACGAUGGUGGAAGACAAUAUUUAUUCUAAUUUUAUCAGUUCUUCUUUAUUUUACAUUUCGGCAAGGUGAAAAAUAA